CUCUCAGCUGAAGGAGGGACUUUGUUGAGCGCUGCGUUGGUGGAUGCUUUCCAGUCACACAGGAGGACCGGGGACCUGAAGAAAAGCACUUUUCGGGAUUUUCACAGACUCACAGGCUAUUUUUCCCCCAGACUGCGUUAUUCACACAGCAAACAAGAGAUCGAUAAACAUGAAGAAUCCUCUGUACUGGGCUAUGCUGAUCGGGAUGACCGUCCUGCUGAUGGAGCAAGGGUUGCCAGUCCGCAGCCAAGGGGAUUCUCAAUCCGACAACAAAGUGAUGGACAAUAUCACCGUCCGACAAGGAGAGACGGUCUUUCUCAGGUGUGCACAGGGGGACGUUGUCACACACACAGCAUGGCUAAACCGCUCGAGUAUACUGUACGCCGGAGAAGACAAAUGGUCGGUGGAUCCCAGAGUGAGUCUGGUGACCCUUAAUCAAGAGGAGUUUACCAUCAAGAUUGAAAAUGUGGACAUGACAGAUGAGGGCCAGUAUGUGUGCGCAGUCCAGACGAGCAGUCGACCGAGAACCACCUCAGUGCACAUCCUCGUCCAAGUGCCACCAGAAAUCAUCAACCUGUCAAAAGAUAUUGUGGUAAAUGAAGGCUCCAAUGUCACCCUGAUGUGCCAAGCCAGCGGUAAACCAGAGCCUUCCAUCAGCUGGAAACUCAUCUCCUCCUCAGGGGACCUGGGAUCAGACGAUGAGUACCUGGAAAUCCCAUCUAUCUCCAGACAGAAAGCAGGGACAUAUGAAUGCACAGCUGUCAACGAGAUUGACGCAGAUGUCAAGACCCUAGACAUCACCGUCAACUAUGCUCCGACUGUGUCAGCGGGCAGAGAUGUUGGAGUGACUCUGGGCCACAGAGGAGUCCUGGAGUGUGAAGCUGAUGCAGUGCCUGAGGCAGAUUUUGAGUGGUAUAAGGAGGACAGAAGGAUCCUCACUGGCUUGGAUGGUAUGGAGAUUGUGAAUACCGGAUCGCUGUCGAAGCUGACAUUUUUUAAUGUGUCUGACGGAGAUUACGGCAACUACACUUGUGUCGCCGUAAACAAACUCGGGAGCUCAAACACAAGCUUCCUUCUGUAUGUGGUAAUAGAACCCACUAGCUCAACGCUAUUGCAAGGGCCGAGAGCAGUUCAGGAUGGCAGCGGUGGCGCAAUGGGAGUGCACUCACACACCUGUCUCCUCUUCAUAGUGUUUCUGCCGUUCCUGCUCCGAUUUUGAAGAGGAAUGGAUUUGAACACAAGUAUUUUGUGUGUGUGUGUUUGCGCGUAUGUGUGUGUUUGCGUGCGUGUGUGUGUAUGUGUGUGUGUGUGUGUGUGUGUGUGUGUCUGUGUGUGUGCGUGUGCGUGUGUGUGUGUGUGUGCGUGUGUGUGUGUGUGUGUGUGUGUGUGUGUGUGUGUGCAUAUGUGUGUGUGUGCGCAUAUGUGUGUGUUUUGUUUUUUUCAACCAGAACCAUAAACUGAUGCACAUUGAGUGCAUGAAGCAUCCUGCUACGUAAAGUUGUUGACCCACUAAAUAAGUACGUAACAAAAGUUUGUUGUUUUUUGGUUUUUAGAUUUCAAGGAUGUAACAAAUGUUUCACAUUUCAGUUGAAUUACGUUGAAAUUUUUCUCUCUAAAUUAUAUAAUUCUGGAGUAUCUCUUUUUACAUAUAUGUCUCGAGGGG